AAGCGUCACAUCGAUCUGUUCCCUUCGACAGUCAUAAUUUUGGGGAAAUUUUAACACCUAAUUUCAGAUGGCGUCCUUGGUUCAGUAUGGCCGUCGGUCAGGACUCCGGGAAAAAGCAUCAACUGAGGCGGCAGUUCAAAUAAUCCAGCCUCCAGAUCUCAGACAGGUCACUGUUUUACGGAGGGCUGAUUGGCUAAGAAUUCAAGGAGAACUGAAAGGGGUGAACGAAGAAGAGGAGCGGAUGAGAGAAGUGGCGGAACAGAGAAAGGCGCUGCACCUCAAGUCCAAAGAAGUUGUGAAACUGUGGCCCAACACCAUCGCUGGUCAGAGGCAAAAGAAGCUGGAGGCGAAGAGGAUGCGAGAGGAGACUGAGGAGGAGAAAAGAAAACUGAUGGAUAUGGAAGAAGCUCAAUACAGGGAACAAAAGCGAAAAGAGGCCAUUGACAAAGCCGAGACUCAGCUGUAUCAUCAAACCGACCGGGUCAAAGGGUUAGAUCGUGCUCUGCAGCUAACAGAGGUCCUGAAGGAGAGGGAGGCCCAGACUGAACUGAAGGAAAGAUUAAAAGGUGCCAUUGGAAAUAAGGAGAAAGAGUUCAUGGAAUUUGUGAAGAGCAGAGAAGAUGAAGCUUUGAGGAAGGAGCAGGAGAAGACAGUAAAAAAGAGACUGCAGAGACAGGCCACUGCUGAAGAGCUGAAAAACCAGAUGAAAGAAAAGGAAUCGGCAAAACAGCAGCAGAAGCUGCAGAGCCGGAAGGAAGGAGAGGAAAUCCAGCGUCUUCAAGAGCUCCACCAGCGGGAGCAAAGAAUGGAGUCAGAGCAGCGAGCCAAGCAGAAGAGAGACCUCAUGCAAGCUCACAUGGAACAAAUCACCAACAGGGACCGCAUGAGAGCCACCGAUUCACAGAAACAAGAAGCUGAAGAGAAACAAAGGAAACAUUUCCUCUCUGCCAAACAGAAAAUGAUGGCAUUACGGAAAGAAAGAGAAAAGCAGCUGUUUCAAGAAGCCCAGCUCCGGAGAGAGGGCAUCCUCAGCAAACUGACGGCCACGCAGCAGGAGCAAACGGCCGGCGAGGAGCAGCGGGCGGCCAGAGCCGCCGCCGAGGGGGACGCAAAGCAGGCCCAGAUGCAGCUGGAGGAAUGGGAGAAGAAGGCUGCCAUGCUGAAAGCAAUCACGGAGCACAGGGAGCUCAUGAAACGGGAAAAGGAGCAGAGGGACAAACUGAGGGAGCAGGAGGCCCGGGAUGCCCUGCAGGCAAAGAGGGAGGCCGAUCGAAUAUAUGCCGAGAAACAACAGCAGAAGGCCAGGAAAAUCAGAGAAGAUGAGCGCAAACUGCAAGACUAUAAUGCCGCACAUCUGGCUGAGAAAGGCACCAGGCUUCAGAGGCUGAGAGAGGAGGAACGCGAGUUUGAGGCCCAGAGCGCAGAACUCAGUGCCGAGGAGGAAGCCACCUUCCAGCGGUACUCACAGCAGCUCAUCCGCCAGGCGGCAGAGGCCAAAAGAAACCUGUUUCCCCUUCACAAAGCUGCAAGCCAGGGGAUCGGAGGGGGGCACGGCCCCGUGUUUGGGCGGUUCAGGCCCAGCUAUCUUGUUCAGGACCGUAGUGGCGCUCAGAUGCCCAAAUACGUCUCUGGUGCCACGGAGGACAUUAAAAAGCUCCACGAGGCCGCAGAUAUUCAGGAUGCAAAGAGGAGGCUGGGAUUCACAUGGUGACGGUUAACCGUUUUGUAAAGAGCCCUUUUAAUAGUCUGAACUAACUAUUAUGAGUUUGGAUGUAGUUAGUAUCCCAACAUUUUAAGAUCUAAAGAUGAUAUUGCAGCAUUCCACACAACAUGACACUGACUUUAGUCAGAGAUGUCAGACAUAUUCCUCUUAGCUAGAAAAUCAAAUACAUUAAAAAGAUUAAUCCCAUAAUGCCUGACCCAAGGAAUAAUGGACAAAAAAAACCUUUUUAUAAUUCUGAAACCUUUGUCUCUUAAGCAGAACGGGGAUUUUUUAAGGCUCCAUAAUCAACGAUGUAAAAGCAGUAAUUAUUCUUUACAAGGUUUUUAAAAAUGUUGACUGAAACGUGAUGAAACAUUACCCACGUGAACAUCUGUCUGCUCACUGUUCUUAGAGCAGAACGCAUUCAUUUGAAACAUUGUUGGAUUUUCAAUGUUGUUGAGGUAUCAAAGUGAAAAGUGUGAGGAUGUUAACGUACACAUUUCUUUUCUUUCCUUUUUUCCCAAAAAAGCAAUAAAACCUUCUUCCUGU